AUGAAUGAAACAGUACACGAACAUUCAGGAGGAUUUCAAGUAUUCUCUUUUAAUUGGGAAGAGGUUAAAGCUCCUGUUAUAAUUUGUGGAUGGCUAUUAUUAGCUGGAGUUGCUAAAAUAGUUUUCCAUUUAUCAUCAAGAUAUAGAACUGUUAUACCAGAUUCAGCCUCUCUAAUAAUUCUUGGUCUUAUUAUUGGUGGAUUUUGUAAAUUAGGAAAUGUUGAUGAAGAACAAUAUUUUCUUGAUUUUCAUACAUUUUUUUAUUUUCUUUUACCACCAAUUAUCUUUGAUGCAGGAUAUUUUAUGCCUAAUAAAUUUCUAUUUCAUAAUAUAGCAUCUGUUGGUGUUUUUGCUAUUGCUGGAACAAUUUUAAAUACUGGAGCAAUUGGUGGAUUUUUAUAUAUGCUUAAUUGUUUUAAUAUUUUUUCAAUACAAUUUACUUUUAUUCAAAUUUUUACUUUUGCAUCACUAAUUUCAGCUGUUGAUCCUGUUGCUGUUUUGGCAUUAUUUGAAGAAUUAAAUGUUAAUUCUUAUCUUUAUAUUGCUAUUUUUGGUGAAUCCCUUUUUAAUGAUGGUGUUAGUGUUGUGUUAUUUGAAAUUUUUAGUGAAUUUGAUAGAAUUGGUGCUAGUAAUUUAGUUGCUUCUGAUUAUAUUAAAGCUGUCAUCCUAUUUCCAAUUGCUAUUUUUGGUGGUUUUUUAAUUGGUAUUAUUAGUGGUAUAAUUGUUUCAUGGGUUACCAAACAUUCAUUUCAAGUUAAAAUUCUUAAUCCUGUUUUUAUAUUUAUUUUCCCAUACUUAUCAUAUUUAGGAGGUGAAUUAAUUGGAUUAUCACCUAUCUUAUCAAUUGUUGCAUGUGGAAUGUUUAUGAAACAAUAUGUUGGUGAAAAUAUUGGUAAAAAUGCUUCUACAGCAAUAAAAUAUUUUAUUAAGAUGUUAGCGCAUAUUUGUGAAUCAGUUAUUUAUAUGUUUCUUGGAUUGUCUGCUUUUGCUUUGCAUUAUUAUUGGGAUACAUGGUUUGUCAUAUCAACAAUUUUUAUAUGUUUUAUAUCACGUGUAAUUUUUGUGAUUCUUCAAUGUCUUGUGAUAAAUCCUUUUAGAAAAAAUAAAUUUACAUUAAAACAACAAAUUGUAAUGUUUUAUGGAGGAUUAAGAGGUUGUAUUUGUUAUGGUAUGAUUCAAAAUAUAAGUAGUGAUGUUCCAGCAAAGAAUAUGUUUAUUGCAGCAGUAAUAUCUGAAGUAUUUUUUACUGUAUUUUUACAUGGAAUAACAAUAAGAGGAGUCUUAUAUUUAUUAAAAAUUGAACCAGAAGAUGAUACAAAACAAGAAUGGGAAGAAAAAAAUUCUUUUUAUGGUCGUUGCAAAAGGCGUUAUCUUGAUCCUUUACUUAAAAGGUACUCCUCAAAAAUGUCUUUUGUUAAUAAAAAUGCAACAAAUGUUUCAAUAAACAAUAUGAACUCAUUUGGACAAGAAGAUUUUAAUGAUAUAAAUAAGACAAAUAAUUAUAAUGAUAAUUCAAAAAGUCAAGAAAAUAAUAAAAAUAAAUUGAGUAUACAUAAUAUAUUUAAAAGAAUAAAAAUUGGUCAUGAUAAUAAUAAUAGUAAUGUAGAAAUAAACGUUAGUAAUGAAAAUAAUUUUAAAAAUUUAAACAUUGAAGAAGCACUUGAAAAAACAGAAAAAAUAGUUGAAACAUACAUAGAAGAUCAAAAUACCAUAAGAGAAAUUUCAGUAAAACUUAUUAAAAUGUUAGAUGAAAAUAAACUUUUAUCCGAAAACAAUCCAGAAAGUGAUAUAGAAGAUGAUUCAUUAUCAUCAAUGAAAAAACGUACUAGUCAUUAA